AUCCAUCUGAUCGCUGUUGUCAUAAAUGACAGCCUGCUGGCCGAAAUCCUCUUCCAGGUCCACAUUGCUGAAAGAGUCUGAUUCCGGCUCUUCUUGUUGGCUGCUAGACUCUGAAAUGGUCUGAAGAUGAUUCAAUCUGUCCCUCAUGAUUGCUAGAAGUGAAAAAACAUAUUUACAUUAUUAUCCCUCAUCUAGUCCUUGUUUUUAAGAAUAAAAUUUCAUUUCCACUCCUAAAAAUAAAGGUGCUUUAAAAGGUUCUUCACAGCGAUGCCAUAGAAGAACUAUUUUUGGUUCCAAAAAGAACCAUUCAGUCAAAGGUUUUUUAAAGAACCAUCUCUUUCUUACCUUUUUAUAAUCUGAAGAACCACAAAGAACCUUUUGUGAAACGGAAAGGUUCUUCAAAUGUUAAAGGUUCUUUAUAGAACCAUUUAGACAAAAAAGGUUCUUUUAUGGCAUCGUGAAGCACCUUUAUUUUUAAGAGUAUACCUUAUGAAACAAACUGCAAAAGGGGGAGAUAAUACUUCCUUAUCAACACUGAAAAAGUCACACGUCUAACUUGUUCAUCUGUGAAACUAUUUCUGACUGGCGUCACUCACCAAACAAGUUUGAAUGGAUUGAAUUGAUAGUUAAGCUUUUGUUUCUGUACAAAUGGUGUUCUCUUCUAUUACUUUACUACUUAAACAUUUAAAUAGGAUGCCUAAAAAUAUCCAACCUUACUGGAGUGACUAAAGCUUUACAGUUUACAAAAUAAAUAGUCCAGUAUUCCAGUCAUGAGGGACAGACUUGACCACCUCCAGGCAGUAUCACUGUCUAAUGGCACUGCAGUAGAGCAUGAAACUGCGCAAGCUCUCUCUCCAUCAGAAAACACACACUACAAUGACCCUCCUCAGGACCCCAUCACCAACCCCGACAUAGAAGCUGUCUUUGAUGAGGCCCAGGAAGCUCGCCGUCAGAUUCAAUACAUCCGUCUGGAAGUAAAGCGUCUCAGAGAACAAAACUCACAUAUUUUCACAGGCGCAGUCUGCUCUAGUGCUUCUACUACCUGUGACUCCAAUGCUAUUGCAGCUGAUAUCAAAACUCGUGGACAGGAGAUGCUUGUACACCUUCGCAAGAUGGAUUCCCACAGGAAAGAGUUAGAGGAAAAGCAUGGCGUCAAUUCACCGGUGACAAGAAUCGCCCGAACACAGUACGCCAGCAUAAGCAACAGUUUCCGUGAUGCCAUGGUGGAGUACAGCGAAGCUGAGAUGAGCCAUAGGGAGUCCUGCAAGGCAUACAUUCAACGGCAGAUGGAGAUCGUGGGGCGAGAGGUCACAGGUGACCAGAUCGAAGAGAUGUUAGAGAGCGGUCAGUGGAAUGUCUUCAGUGAGAACAUGGUUUCAGAAGGUAAAACGGCACGGUCUGCGCUCAUCCAGAUCGAGAGUCGACACACUGAGCUGGUACAGCUGGAGAAACGCAUUCAGAGCCUUCAUGAGGUUUUUCUGGAUGUGGCCAUGUUAGUAGAAGUGCAGAGCUCAAUGAUAGAUUACAUUCACACCAAUGUUCAGUCAACUGAGGUGGAGGUCAAGGAGGUCCUUGUGAAGCUAGAACGAGCCAAGAGGCAUGAUAGGAACAAUCCGUUUAAGAAAAUGUUCUCCCGAAAACGAUGACAUGGACACAGAUAUCACAUUGUCAAUAUAUAUAUAUAUAUAUAUAUACAUGUCCCUAAUGAUCAGAUUUUUUUGUGAUAUACACUACCGAUCAAAAGUUUUUGAACAGUAGGAUUUUAAAAUGUUUUUUAAAGAAGUCUCUUCUGCUCACCAAACCUGCAUUUAUUUGAUCCAAAAUACAGCAAAAUAGUAAAAUUUUAAAAUAUUUGUACUAUUUAAAAUAACUGUUUCCUAUUUGAAUAUAUUUUAAAAAUGUAAUUUAUUCUUGUGAUCAAAGCUAAAUUUUCAGCAUCAUUACUCCAGUCUUCAGUGUCACAUGAUCCUUCAGAAAUCAUUCUAAUAUGCUGAUUUGCUGUUCAAGAAACAUUUUUUAUUAUUAUUGUUAUUAUCAAUAUUUAAAAGAGUUGAGUACAUUUUUUCAGGAUUCUUUGAUGAGUAGAAAGAUCCAAAGAUCAGCAUUAUUUGAAAUAAAAAGCUUUUGUAACAUUAUACACUAUACCAUUCAAAAGCUUAGAGUCAGUAUAAUUUUUGUUUUAGAAAAGAAAUUAUAGAAAUUAAUACUUUUAUUUAGCAAGGAUGCUUUAAAUUGAUCAAAAACUAAUAAAAACAUUUAUAAUGUUACAAAAAAUGUUUUAGAUAUGCUGUUCUUCUGAGCUUUCUAUUAAUUAAAGCUAUUCAUUCAGCUGUUUUCAAGAUAAUAAUAAUAAUAAAUUAUUUUUAGCAGCAAAUCAGAAUAUUAGAAUGAUUUCUGAAGGAUCAUGUGACUGGAGUAAUGAUGCUAAAAAUUCAGCUUUGGAAUCACAGGAUUAAAUUACAUUUUAAAAUAUAUUAAGAUAGAAAACAGCUAUUUUAAAUAGUAAAUAGCUUGCUGUACUUUGGAUCAAAUAAAUGCAGGCUUGGUGAGAAGACACUUCUUCUUCAAAAAUAUAAAUCUUACUGUUCUGGCUGGUAUAGUGUAUGUCCUAUUUGUAUUUAGGGAAAUUCAUAUUCAUCUUCUGAAUAAAAAAAACAUUACAUUAAUUUUGAACAAACUUCAUCACACACUGAAAUAAAUCUGUCAGUGUUAUUUCAAUUGUUUUUGUUUUGUUUUGUUUUUUGACACCAGAAGUAUCUAAAAUAUUUACAUUUUGUUUAUUUUAAAUGCAUUUUUACAGAUUGCUGUUUUGGCAAAUAACUUAUUUUGUGAGAUUCGGAAAUCCUUUUUUCUUUGGUUUGCGCUUCAUCAAGUGUUUAUUUUUAUGUGAAAUGUAUUGUAUUGUCAUGUACAUUUUUUACAUAAGUUAGGUAUUGGAUGAUGGCUAGUUGUAAUGAAUCUAACUAUUUCAUGUGCAUAGAAAUCUUUUAUCAGCUGUUUCUCAUUCAGUGUGCAUUCAUUCAAAGUUUUGUGGCAGAUGUCAUCAAUUAGAGUGUAAUUUUGUUACCCUAAUUAGAUCACAUGUGCCUACCCCGUGAAACGUGAUGUCCUCACAACUAUUAAACUAACACGUGCAAGGAUAUAAAAAACUUUCUGACUAUGGUAAAGAAAGUUGCAAAAUGGACAUUAUUUUAAGACUGUGUUCCAGGGACAACUGUGAUAUGUAUGAUGAUGCAUAAUAAACACAGCAAGAUGUGCUGUAAAUUCUGUUGAUUCACCUACAUACACUACUGUUCAAACAUUUGGGGUCAGUAAUUAAUACUUUUAUUACACAAUGAUGUAUUAAAUUAAUUCAAAAGUUACAGUAAACAAAUGUAUAAUGUUAUAAAAUAUUUUCAUUUCAAAUAAAUGAUCAUUGUUUCCACUAAAAUAUUGAGCAGCAGUAUUUUUCUACAUCGAUAAUAGGAAUUGUUUCUUAAGUGUU